AUUAAUUUAAUUUUAAUUAUCUCUAUAAUAAUUAUUUUAAUUUCAAAUAUUAUAAUAUUUAUUUCUAUUAUAUUAUCAAAAAAAUCUUUUAUAGAUCGAGAAAAAUGUUCUCCUUUUGAAUGUGGAUUUGAUCCUAAAUCCUCAGCUCGAAUUCCAUUUUCUUUACAUUUUUUUUUAAUUACUGUUAUUUUUUUAAUUUUUGAUGUAGAAAUUGCAUUAAUUUUUCCUAUAAUUUCAUCUUUUUUUUUAACAAAUAUUUUUAUUUGAACUAAAAUUAGAUUUUUUUUUUUACUUAUUUUAUUAAUUGGUUUAUAUCAUGAAUGAAAUCAGAAUAUAUUAAAUUGAACAAAUUAA